AUGAGUUGGUUACCUCCACGGUUUUGGCAGCCCAAGAUUGACUUCGAAGCGACUGGCAAGGGCCUUGUGGUAGAUCUUGGCGAGGAGGUGCCGCUCUUCGUCUCAUUGCGCCCGGGCGCGUUAAACUUCGUCUCCUGGCUGAAGAGCAGAGAGGACAUCGACCUUGCAGUGUAUACCGCAGGAACGGAGCCUUACGCGAAGCAAACCUUGAAGAAGUUGGGCUUGGAAGGAGAGGUCGGAGAGGUGGCUGAAGGAAGUCUUUGA